AUGCUACCUCUUUCAAUUCUGCAAUUUCACGACGAAUUGCCUUCUAAUCGAGAGUUACACCCUCUGGUCAACGAUGACUUUCUAAUCACCGCAAAGGGAGGGUUUACCUCCUACUCAGAAGAGAUACAACUUAUUGAGCCCGCAAAUCUGCAGCUGGAGAGUCCGAUACGAACUCUAUGGUCUCGAUUGCUUGGAGUGAAUCUUAAUAGUAUUGAAGAAUACGAUGACUUCUUUCAGUGUGGCGGCUCGGCCUCUAAUGCCCUACAACUUAGCCAGAUGAUGUCAGAGCACGGGCUAUUCUUAACCGUGAGAGAUAUUUUUCGAUGUUCGCGUCUAGCAGACCUGUCCGCCCGUGCUCGCUCGUUCGCCAGCUCGCCUAACCCCAAAGUCAUCCCUCCGUUUUCAUUACUGAGGCCUUCCUUGGAUACACGGAAAGCUCGCAGCCAUGCCGCCUAUCUCUGUCAUGUGAAGGAAUCUCAGGUGCUGGAUAUCUUUCCUUGUACCCCACUGCAAGAGGGGAUGCUCGCCCUAACACGCAACAAUUCAAAUGACUACGUACAGCGAUUUAUCUAUAAGAUUGAUCAAGUCAUCGAUAUUGGGCGGUUAAGGCUGGCUUGGGAUCAAGUAAUAGCGAUGAAUCCCAUACUACGUACACGGAUUGUUGUCCUUGACGAAGGGGUGCAGUGGAUAUUCGAAUCCACUUUCGACAAAUACCAGCAACGAGCUACGCCAAAAGAGCUCCCCAUGGACCUAGGAGACCCUUUGAGCCGAUUCGCUAUAGUUAGUGGGGAGAAAGGAGCGCCUUGCUACUUGGUUUGGGAAAUACAUCACGCCCUCUUUGAUGGAUGGUCUAUCCCUUUGAUACUUGAUGAUGUUGAGUGUGCUUAUUAUCGCGAAACUGGGCCUGAACUGUUAUCCAUGGGCCCAUAUAUCAAAUAUAUUCAAGAGAUUGACAAGAUCAUCGCCCACCGGUUCUGGACUGACCAGUUUGCUGGAAUACAAGGAACGGGUUUCCCUUGGGUAGGCCUAUCAGCUUAUACAGAUCCAUCCCCAAAUGUCCUAACUACGAUUAUGACGCAUUACGUGUCUGGACUAGAUUGGGGGCGCAGCGACUUCACACCUGCCACAAUUGUUCGUGCUGCCUGGGCGUUAGUGUUGGCCAUUCGUGCUGGCACCAACGAAGCAUUGUACGGCGUGACAGUAACGGGCCGCCAGGCAGCAGUCCCAGGAAUUGAACAGAUGGCAGGCCCUGCCAUUGCCACAGUUCCAGUCCGGGUGAAGGUGGAUUGGGAACGAAACACCUAUCAGUUUUUGGAAGCAGUGCAGCAUCAGGCGGCCGAUAUGAUUCCUUUUGAACAAACAGGCCUACAAAACAUACGCCAUAUUAGCGAAGAAUCUGCGACAGCGUGCCGCUUCCGCUCCCUUCUUGUCAUUCAUCCUAUCCUAUCAGAUGAUCUCCAGUUCCCAGGGAGGCCUUUUCUUAGUGAACUAGCUCGUCCGCCAAUCGAACCUCGAGAGUGCAAUGGCAGGUACACAGUUGAUAUAGACUGUAGGCUGACCUCUAAUGGAAUCCACGCAAAUAUGGAGUUCGACACCCGUCUUAUCCCCAAACCAGAAAUGACUCGCGUUGUCCAAGACUUUGAGAAAAUCCUCCAGCACUUGGCAGGCAAUGUCAACGGGCAGGAAAAGCUAGGAGAUGCAAUUGCAUCGAUAUCGUCUUUUUCGUUGGGAGGAAUACCUAACGUACUGACUUGGAAUUCACAAGUACCCGAGCCUGUUUAUGAAUGCGUUCAUAUUAAGAUUGAGGACAAGGCGCUGGAGUGCCCUCGAUCCCUGGCGAUACAUGCCUGGGAUGGGACGUUGGAAUAUCAACGAUUAAUUGAAACAUCCAACAUAUUUGCAUGUAAGCUUGCUGAAAUGGGAGUGAUGGGGACUCUAGUACCGCUAUUGUUUGAAAAAUCACUCUGGAUGCCCGUGGCAGUUCUGGCUGUGAUGAAAGCUGGUGGGACCUUGGUGGCUCUGGACAUGAAGCAGCCGCAUGAACGGUUGGCCCAGAUAGUAUCCCAGACCAACUCACCCGUAUUGAUAUGCUCAGAACAAAACUCGGCUAUAGCUCAGACGCUUGGACGUCAGCAGUUUGUAGUUGGGUGGAACCAAUACCACCUAGAUGCCAAUAAUUGGCAAGGGGCUUCAAAACUACCAGUAGUUCGCCCUGAGAGCCUCUUAUACGUUGUCUUUACUUCCGGCAGUACUGGAACUCCAAAGGGAGUCCGUAUAACUCACCAAAACUUCUGCACUGCUAUUGCUUAUCAGCAGAAGGCACUGGGAUAUAAUGGCCAAUCCCGGGUGAUUGACUUCGCCUCGUAUGCCUUCGAUGUCGUAUGGUCCAAUUUCUUCCUUACCUUGACAACAGGUGCUUGCUUGUGUAUUCCAUCCUCACAGGAACGCGAAAACAAUUUGGCUGGUUGUUUAACAAAAUACGAAGUUAACCUAAUGGACUCAACACCCUCACUGGCUCGAGCUCUAGGCAGAGAAGUGCUGUCAAGACUAACUACACUGAUUCUUGGUGGAGAAACUAUUUUACCGAGCGAUGUAUUGCUAGCUGGCGAUCAUACUAAGAUCAUUAAUGCAUAUGGUCCAGCAGAGUGCACUCCAACAACCCUUCUCUCCCCGCUGGAUGCGACUGGCGUUAGGAUUGGCCGCGGCGUUGGUGUGUGUACCUGGGUUGUAGAGGAGGGCAACCCACAGCAGCUGGCACCAAUAGGCACGGUUGGGGAGCUGUGGCUCGAAGGGCCUCUUGUUGGUGACGGAUACCUUGACGAUACUGAAAAGACCGCUGCUGCUUUUGUUCAAGACCCUAUCUGGCUCGUACAGAAAGCUGGACGCCGUGGACGUGUCUACCGCACAGGCGACUUGGUUCGAUAUGAAGCAGACGGAAAUAUUGUAUUCAUCGGCCGGAAAGACCACCAGGUCAAGAUUCGAGGCCAACGCGUUGAGCUAGGCGAAGUCGAAAGUGUUAUCCGUCAGAUCAUUCAGCAGCCCACAACCCGAGUUGUUGUCGAAGCAAUCCAACAGUCCCCUGAGGCUAGCGGCCUUACACUGGUGGCUUUUAUAGCCCUCCAUGGAUCUCAAACUAUGGAUAAGGACUCACAUAACACUGCAGUGCAACAGAUGAUUGACGGGUUCGCUAGUCGACUGGAAGAACUACUACCUUCAUACAUGAUUCCUGCCAUAUAUUUUCCUUUACAGGAUAUCCCCAUGAUGGCUACUGGUAAAACAGACCGGAAGUGUCUUCGCGUUGUAGGCAAGACCCUGCUCUUGGAAGCUAAAUCCUCUAUGUCACGGAAAGGGAAAAAUCAGGAAGAUAUAAAUAGCAACUGCAACGAGCCGUUGGAUGAAACACAAACGAUCUUGCAAAAUAUUUGGAUGUCUGUUCUCAAUCUGUCACAACAGGAGGCAUCUGUUGAUGUUGCAUUCUCCCGGCUGGGGGGUGACUCUAUCUCAGCAAUGCAAGUCGUUUCCCAAUGCCGGAUGCAUAAUAUUCACUUGACUGUAAGUGAUAUCUUGCUAUCACGCACAAUCCGGAAUUUAGCCAAAAGAUGCCAGGCAGCUUCUUCUCAGAAUUAUUCAGCCACUAGUCUCGAAGACCCAAUGUCCUUGUUCGAUCUAUCCCCGAUUCAGCGUAAUUUCUUUGAUACCUACCCAGAGGGGCUAAACCAUUAUAAUCAGUCCUUCCUCUUAGAUCUAAAAGAUCCUGUGUCUGUAACUGCACUCGAAGGCGCCAUAUCUGCAAUCGUUUCUCGCCAUGCAAUGCUACGUGCACGCUUCGAAAAAGACCAAAAAACGAACACCUGGAAACAAAGGAUUGUUGAGCAUGGUACGAAGUCAUUUGGGUUUGCGGAGCAUACAAUGGAAGACCAUGCCUCAGUAGGCAUUGCAGCUCAGCGGCGACAGGAGAAUAUGAACAUUAAACAAGGCCCUGUGUUUGCCUGCGAUCUGUUCAACCUUCCAAAGGGCAGUCAGAUGCUCUUGCUCUCUGCCCAUCAUUUGGUAAUGGAUCUAGUGUCCUGGCGGAUUAUCUGGGCUGACUUGGAGGAUCAUCUACAAUUUGGAAAGCUCCGGUCUCCUGAAACGUUGUCUUUCCAGGCUUGGUGUGCACAUCAGGCCCAAGUAGGACGCACGUUAUCACCGCUGGAAGUGCUCCCUUACUCCAUCCCCGAACCUCAGCUAAACUUUUGGGGUGUACCAUUAGAGGAGAACACCUUUGGCCAAUCUGAGUCUGUGGAUAUAGCCUUUACUCCCGAGGUCAGUUCCCAACUCUUCGGGAAGAGUAACGAUACUUUUAGAACGGAGGGUAUCGAUCUUAUUCUUAGUGCUCUCUUCCACUCAUUUACCCAUACAUUUCCGGAGCGCAGCGUACCUGCGAUUUGGGUUGAAGGCCACGGACGUGAGCAACCUAGUACGCAGCCAAUCGAUGUCUCCGGUACCGUUGGAUGGUUUACCACCAUCUACCCUCUAGCCAUUCCGAUCAGCCCAAAUCAUUCUCUAGCUCGAGACAUAGUCCGGUUAGUCAAAGACUCACGGCGAAAGGUACCCGGCAAGGGACAGCCAUUUGCGGCCUGUCGAUACCACAGUGAAUCUGGCCGCCUGGCCUUCGAGCCCUAUGAUUCCCCUGAGAUUGUAUUCAACUUUACAGGUCGAUUCCAACAGCUUGAAAAGCAGAAUGGGCUAUUUGAUUCAUCACCAUCUUCAGAACCUGGAGAUUCGGACCUUACAAUAACUGAGAAUUCCAAGUCGGCACGGCGCCCUUCAAUGAUUGAUAUUGAGGCGGGUGUGACUGACAGCGAAUUGAAAGUUGAAUUUGUCUUCCACAAAAUGAUGGACAAGGGCCGCCUCCAAACGUGGGUUCGUAACUUCACACAAGACCUAGAAUUACUUUCCCAUGACCUAGCCCAAGCAUCAACUAAGUUCACGUUGAGUGAUUUACCUCUGCUUUCCCUUUCAUACAAAGGCCUGGAUAUCCUUCUUGAUCAACAGAUUCCUCAAAUGGGUAUAAGGCCGGAAUCGAUCCUAGACAUCUACCCCUGUUCACCUUUACAAGAGGGUAUGUUGAUAAGUGCAGCUAAAGGGGUUGCUUCAUACCACACGCACACUGUCUAUCGCUGUAUGUUAGUUGGUGAGACCGUCUGUCCCAUACGACUAGAGUUAGCCUGGAAAUUGGUGGCCAGCAGGCACACAGUGCUCUCUUCCGUAUUUACUCUUCAUCCUGAGGGCAACGGUUUUAUUCAGAUGGUUCUAGAUAAACCGCCGGUUCGCGUGAUUCAGAUAGAUACUGACUAUAAUAACCCGGCUACGAUAUUGACUAAAAUGGAAACUCCAUCUUUCGCGCCCAGCGAACCUCAACACACAUUAACCAUAUGCCGGUCAAAUUCAACAAGUGAGGUGGCGGUUCGACUUGAUAUGGAUCAUUCUAUGAAUGAUGCUCAUUCAAUGUGGAUCCUUUUGAACGAGUUUGCGGCUGCUUAUGAUGGCUCAAAAUUCCCUGAAGCAGCACCCAGUUUUGUUGACAUUAUCCGUUACAUCGACCGAACCCCUAGGGCACAAACUACGGCCACAUGGGCGGCACUGCUAGAUGGAACCCAACCUUGCAACUUUCCCACCCUACCACCACUCCAAGGACAAAUGAUACCUGAAACCUUUAGUGAGAUAUCUAGUUCCACCCCAUAUUCCAAAGCCGGCAUUGUGGAUUAUUGCAAAAAGUCAAAUAUUCUGAUAUCCUCUUUCCUGCAAGUGGCUUGGGCCAUAACCCUAUCUCAUCAUACGGGGAUGAGGCACGUCUGCUUUAGCUAUCUUACCUCAGGCCGUGAUGCCCCAAUUGACGGAGUAGAGAGAAUGGUCGGGCCAUUGGCCAACCUUCUUAUUAGCCGGAUUGACCUAGGUCCGCCUGUAAGAGAGGUUCUCCAAAACGCCUCCAAAAGGUCGGAGCAGAACAUGGCCAUUCAAAACGUGUUUAUAGCAGAGGUUCUCCACCGCCUUGGGCUGUCCGGGAAACGGCUGUUCAAUACAUCCCUUUCGAUUCGCUAUAUGUCCAAGGAUGAAAUUCCCAAACACCGGAUUUCAUUCAUAACACUAGACGACGAGGAUAACCAUGAGUAUGAUCUAAAUCUGAACGCCUCAGUAAAUAGUGUAGGCUACACCGAUCUCUUGAUAGAAUUCCGGGAGCCAUAUAUUACCCGACGAGUGGCUCAGCAGGUUUAUGAGACCCUAAAUCAGGCAAUUGAUUAUCUUCUAGAUGUCGAUUUUAACAUCAACAAUGAAAAUUGUAACUUGGAGGAAGAGUCCUUGGUCGUCAAUAGCCACAAGGCUGCGGGGUCAUCAUCACCCUUUGACCAGUUCUUUGCAAGGAUGUGCGGUGUUGAAAAGGCCCUUGCAGAAGCCUUUUGGAAAGAUCAGUUUUCUGGCACUCGAGGCGGACACUUUCCCGAGGUCAAGCCAGCAAUUGUCUCUCAGAUCGAACAUGAUGAGGAGGUACAUCUGAGCACGAAAACCCUUGAUUUUGCCGGAUGUGAUUUCGCGGUAGAUGUGAUAGCUAGGGCUGCCUGGGCUAUACUAACGGCACGUAUCUCACACAUCGACGAGAGUUUGUUUGGAGCAGGUCUUAGAGACGGUGAAAGGAUAAAACAUAUACUACCUGUCCGCGUCAUGCUCGACUGGGACAACAGCAUCCUUCACUUCCUCCAAAAGGCGGAGCAGCAGCUUCGCGAAAUGGUGCCCUUCCAGCGGAUGUGCUUAGAGCAGAUCUCUCGCGUCUCUGAUGAAGCCUCCUUCGCAUGCAAUUUCCAAACUUUGAUAGCAAUCCGCUCUCCUGGAAAGGAAGAAAAGGAGAGUCAUAAGAUAUCUAACAUCACCAACGGAGACACAAAGUCUUGUUCAGAUAUACGAGGAGGCCAAUAUGCUAUGAUAGUUGAAAUGGAGGUAAGAGGCAAGCAGACAAAGAUUAGCAUCAAUUUUGACUCCCGGGUUGUUGAUGCGGAUCGAGCUCUUCGGCUCAUCCAGGGGUUUGAACACGUUAUCCAUCAAUUACUCGACGUUAAUCGGCAAAAGGACAACCUGAGUAAUGUGACAGUGGCAAGUCAACGCGACUUGAAUGAUAUUUGGACCUGGAAUGCUGAAUUACCACCAUCAGCUGAAGGCUGUGUACAUGACUUAAUUCUUGAGAAAGUUAUGCAGCGACCGCAUUUUACUGCUGUCAAUGCAUGGGAUGGGGAUUUAACAUAUAGCGAACUGCAUGAAUUAUCAUCAAAGCUAGCACACCAGCUCCUCUCCAAAGGUAUCGGCAGAGGAAGCAUUGUUCCCCUUUGCUUCCAUAAAUCCAAAUGGAUGCCGGUUGCUGCCCUGGCGGUCAUGAAGGUUGGAGCAGCAUCUGUGGCAAUCAACACCGCUUUCCCAGAGCAACGGCUUCGCUCAAUUAUAGCUCAGGUCUUUGCCAGUUCAAGCUCCAGGCUUUUACUGUCAUCUAUGCCAAACAAAAGCCUCUGUGAAUGCCUGGGUGGAGGUGAAGUGCAUUUAGUAGGGGACAAUCUACUUCUCCCUAUUGCUUCUAGGACAGCUGCUCCGCAGUGGCCUACCGUUUACCCAUCUGACACUUUCUAUAUCGUGUUUACUUCUGGUACCACUGGAAAUGCUAAAGGGGUAGUGAUUACGCACCAGAACUUCUAUAGCGCAAUUGCUCACCAAGGAAAUUUUCUGGGCUUCGAUAGUCAAUCAAGGGUGUUGGAAUUUACAUCGUAUGCCUUCGAUGUGUUUUGGCUAAACCUACUCCGAGCACUAGGUGUAGGCGGAUGUCUUUGCAUCCCAUCCCUUGAGGAGUUUGAGAAUGACCUUAGUGGCUGUCUAGAAAGGUACCGGCCAACCGUUCUUGAUCUGACCCCCUCAGUUGCACGCAUUGUGGAGCCCAAAUCUGCGCUUUCCAAGCUAUCAACCUUGGUUUUGGGAGGUGAAGCAAUUUCACCGGACGACCUAGAUCUGGUCGGCGAGGACACAGAGUUGAUCGUGGCCUAUGGUCCAGCAGAGUGUACCCCAACCAGCACGAUCCUGCAUCGAGCCAAAAGCCUAGAAGGAGGGGAAAUUGGUCGAGGAGUAGGAGUGUGCACAUGGAUUGUUGACCUUGAGAACCCCCAAGCACUGGCAGCUGUUGGCGCUGUUGGCGAACUCUGGGUUGAAGGCCCGCUUGUCGGCGAAGGAUACCUCAACGACCCCGAAAGGACAGCAAGAGUCUUCAUCCGCGAUCCCGAAUGGCUUCAGCGUGGCUCCCCGGACGGCAGUCGUCCAGGUCGUCGCGGGAGACUGUAUCGCACUGGAGAUCUGGUACGAUACACCGAGGAUGGCUCACUUGUCUUCCUCGGACGCCGAGACACACAGGUCAAGGUUAGGGGCCAGCGGGUUGAGCUUGGAGACCUUGAACAUCACAUCCGCGCGACCGCCAUCAGGUUUAUGAAGGAGGCGGGAACACUGGCAAGUAACGGUAACGUGCAGGUCGUAGCUGAACUCGUCCAGCUGCCUGGCAUGCCGGACAAGGCUCUUGCGGCAUUCGUGGCUUUGGACGGCACGGAGAAUAUCAAUGGCCAUAACGGUGACGAGCAGGAGAAGAAGCAACUUGAAGAGCUGUUACCCCGACACAUGCUUCCCUCAGUCUACAUCCCGAUCCGGCACAUCCCUAUCACAGCGACAGGCAAGGCGGACCGGCGAGAGCUACGCGAGAUGGCAGCCUCGCUCGCAGCCCGGGAUGUCGAGGCACUGAACCGGGCCUCUGUCGACAGUCGGGUUCCUCCUCGAACAGAAAAGGAGUGUCUGAUGCAGAGUCUCUGGGCCGAAGUGCUGAAGGUCGAGGACAAGGACCGCAUCAGCGCCAGCGACAGUUUCUUCCGCGUCGGCGGCGACUCGAUUGCAGCCAUGCGUAUCGUGGCAGUGGCUCGCUCUAGGGGCCUUGAGUUCACCGUCCGCGAUGUCUUUCAGUAUCCGGUCCUCCGUGAUUUGUGUCUUCAAUGUCAGGAGUUAGUAGCCUAG